CGAAAAGUCGAUCUAAAUUUUUAGCUCGCGAAAAUAUGACAAAUUAAAAAAAAAGAAAAGGUUCUCGCCUCAGUCUGAACUUCUCUGUGCGUGAUAAUAUAUAGCCUUAUUCAUUCGUUUUGUGAAUAUUUUAAAAGAAGGCUUCAGGAACUUUUAAAGAGCAUAGUAAAUAGAAAUGUUAAAAUUGUUGAAAUUGCUAAAAACUUCAAAGUCUAAUAACAGUGUAAAUGGCUCCAAAGAUAUAUCAAGUAAUCAAAUUAUUCUAAGUGAUGCUUUAUUAGAAAAUGAAUUUCAAAAUGAGCCAAUCAUCCAAGAAAGUUGCGUAAUUGAUGGAAACGGCGCAAAAAUAAAUGUAACUUACAAUCAGGAACGUGUUAAUAAAUUUAAAACUGACAUUUUUAAGUAUUUUACUAUUCUUUUACCUCAAACUGAUUGCAUCAAUCUGAAAUAUGAUAAAAGUUUGGAGUUAUCAUAUGUUAAAAAUAUUUUUGAAAAACAAUUUCAAAAGUUUGAUAUCAGUGCUGAUUGUAUAAAAAAUGGAAAUGGAUAUGCUACAGUACAAACUGAAAAUACGAUAUCUUGCACAACUUCCUCAAAUAUGAUUGACAAUAUAGAAGCUUGUGCUUCGUUAAUGCAAAUUUUGUUAAAAAAUGCAUUUGAAAACUCAAAACAUGAAGAAUUGGACAAUGACGCAAAGAAAAUGUUACAACUGUACACAAAGUUUCGACUCGAUGAUAAAGAACCAUUUGUAUCAUAUGCAAAAUGGAUAGCAUAUACUGAACACUACCAGUUGCACUCAUUUGAUCCAGACAUUUUUUUGAAACUUCUUGAUUGUUUAAUUUGCCAGUUUAAGAAGAAGAAAAAUAAGUGGUUGAAAAUUUUUAAAGCUCUAUUCAGAAUUAAAUCAAAAAAAUCACAAGAUCAAAUCAUUUUCUCUUUGAAUUUUUCAAAAAAAUUUGAGAGCAAGGAAGAGCUUUCAAAAAUAUUCUGGGAAUCAGAAACAAAAUUACUUGAUUGUUUUCUAAAUUAUAUUCAUGAUCUUCAUUACAAUUUAGAGAACGACGAUGCCAAUUUAAGUCCAGUUUAUCUUGAAAAAAUGUUUGAAAUUAUUGCAAAAAUUAAUACCUUAAACGAUGUGAAAGAAAAAGAUUUACAACUCUGUGUGAAAGAAUCUUUAACUCAUGGAGCUAUUGAACAAAUCACAAAAAAUACUAAUUAUUCAAUUUUAAACAAUUCAUCUCAAAAUAUUAAGAGACUUGAUGAGUUGAUUAAUACUCUGGUGUGGAUUAAAAAACAUAUGAUCGAUUUUAACAAGAAAUACGGAACAAUUUUUGAAACGUUUUUUAAGACCUCAUUUACUCAUUAUUUAUAUCCUGCAUAUGACGAGCAUCUAGUGAAAAUAAUCCAGCCUGUCAUACUCCAGAUUACUGAUAUGAGCAAAGAAAAGUUCAAAACCUUCAAUAAAGAUGAUGAGGAUGUGUUAAUCAAAGUUUUUGAGCUUUAUCGGGAAAUAAACAAUUUUUUGGACUUUGUCAUGAAUAGCUUUAAGAUACAAGAUCCCAAUUUAAAAGAGUUCACCGACUGGUUUUUGACAGGAAUUGACUCAUGGCGGAAAGCUUCGAUGAUGACAGUUUUAUUCAGAAUCGAGAAAUCUAUUGAUGUUGAUAAACUACAACCUGAAUUGGACAGUGUUAAAUAUUCAACCUCGGUUAUAGAUACAAUGCAGAUUCUUUUUUCGACUAAGAAUUUUUGGGAACAUCUCCAAUGGUUUGAUAAGCACAAAGAUGCUGAUCUUGUUAAAGAAAUCACUAAAGAUUUGUGUUAUGCUAUCACCUGCUAUUUAGAAAAGUUUAUUGAUAAAGCUCAAAAUACAAAUGGUGAAACUGAAGAUGACAUUAAAAAAAUUUCAAAAAAAUUAUCACUUAUAAUCGCAAAUCAUAAUUAUGGACUGGAAAAUCUUAGAAAAUUGCUUGACGAAUUCAUCAAAAACAAUAGCACAGACAGAACUGAAAUCAAAGAUCAAUAUCAAAAAACAGAAAAGGAUCUUAAUGAAAAAAUUCACGAGUUAAUUACUUUAAAUUUAAAACCAAUAAGUAUCAAUAUUGAGAAAAGACUUGCUGAAGAUGCAAAAGCUAGUAGGUUGAGUGAAACUAAAACUUAUGACUGCUUAUUUACGUACAUAGAGGAUAUUUUAGCAACUUUACAUAGUAGUUUACCAAAUUACGAAUUUGAAAUUGCAAAAUCAAUUUUGUUCCAUACCAUCCUUAAUAAAAUAUCGAAAUUGAUUGAAAGUGCAACCAAAAAUAAAAAGCCGAUAGAAUAUUUUAUGGUACUAAACCAAAACUUUGAAAUACUUAAAGAAAUCUUUAAUUAUUCGAUUGAUCCUAAAGACGAAACAGCAAAUGAUGAAGUAAUAAAAAAAAUUAAAUCGAUUGGCAAUUUAUUAGGCAGCUACAAUUUGAAUUCAAUGCAGCUUAUUCAUCACUACUACAUACAUCGAUACAAAAUGCAACAAAUGUCCGAGGAAAAUUCUACAAAUCUAUUUGGAGUUCUUACAAUUCGAUGCAGCAUUAAUGACAAUGUGCUUAAAAUUCAUAUUUUGAAUGCUAAAAAUCUCAUUGGUGGUAUAAUGAAUAAAAAAUUUGAUUCAUAUGUCAAAGUUUUCAUCAUUCCUGACAAGAGAUAUCCAAUGUGUCAAGAUUUUAAAACCAAAAUUAAACAAAAUAAUGAUUGUCCAUUGUAUGAUGAGACGGUAGAAUUUACAUUGACAGAAGAACAACUAAAAAUAAAAGAUUCGAUCAUUUACUUUAAUGUCAUGAAAAGAUUUUUAAUAGGAGGCAAUGGUUGUAAUGCUGAAGCGUUUUUAUCAUUUGAAGAUAUCCCUAAAAGUAAUCAGAAUAAUAAUUUACAGGAGUUCUAUUUAAAAAUGACCAGAUUACAAAAUUAUGAACUUGAAAUAUUAAAAGUCAUUCAGUAUAAAAGUCAAACUGGAGAUAAAGAUGCAAAGAAGUUUUGGGCCAAAAUAAAUAGACUUCCAACUACCCCUUAAAUUUAAGUAUUAGUCGUCAAUAAACAAAAAACACUAUUAAUAUCUUGGGAAUCGUUCACUUAUGACGUCCGAAAUUAACGGUCAUUUUUCAAAAAAGAACAAUGGAUUUCCUGGAAUUUCUAUUGUUCUUUUCUUGCUGACCCCCCCCCCCCCCCCCCUGAACGUCAUAAGUGAACGGCCCCUUGUCUUUUAACUUUAACAAAAUAAAGUUGAGAUAAACCAAUAAAUGAAAGUUCUCGACAAGAAAGUCUAUAGCUUCAAACAUAUUUAAAUAAAAUAAAAGUCAAAAUAAACAAAAAUUUAAAAUAUUCUAUGUGAAUAUGUUUAAAUCAGCGCAUGUAUUACUUUGUUUCUAUCAAUAAAU